GUGGAAGCAUACAUUUUAUCUCCUGAAAAAAUUGUAUCUUUUUUGCAGAAUGGAUUCACAAAUCAAGCAUGCUAUCGUGGUGAAGAUUAUGGGCAGGACUGGGUCUCGUGGCCAAGUUACUCAGGUGAGAGUGAAAUUUAUUGAUGACCAGAACCGUUUCAUUAUGAGGAAUGUCAAGGGACCAGUUAGGGAAGGCGAUGUCCUCACCUUGCUAGAGUCCGAGAGAGAGGCCAGGAGAUUACGCUGAUGGCUUUAUUAGCAGUCUCCAUCCCUGAUCGAGUUUUUAGUAUUUCAAAUGAGUAAUAUGAUAUAAGCUUUAUGUAGUAUUAUUACUUCUCGGGAAUUCAUACAAGGCAUUGAAGAGCUCGUGGCUGUUCUGUUGUUUUUAAGUUAAACAUUGGAUACUUCAUUUUCAUGUUUGUGAUGGUAGAUAAACAUGAUUGAGUUGUUUUUGUUACAAUAAUUUUCCUCUUGUUGUUAUUAUUA